CGGGAAGUCACCCAUUAUUGCCGCAGCAUCCGAAUAAUGUGAUAUGAAGGUACUAGGGGAAGACAAAAGGAACAUGAGGACAUUUGUUUUCAAACCGUUCUCUCAGAGGCCGAAAGUCGUGUCGAAAUGCUUUUAAAGGCCUUAACAAUCCGUCGACCGAUCUCCGCACAUCGAUAAUCCUUCUCACGGACAUCUUCAUAGGCGCAUCCUUUCGCGGAUAUAAAGCAAUUUCCCUUGAGUUCACUUAAGAAUAUCCAGUUGGCUAUGGGUUUCAUUUCCACUCUCGGAGUACUACUCUCCGGCGCACUUUUGGUUGUCUCGAAUGACGCGCAAUGCACUAAUCCUACUGUUCGUAGGGAGUGGCGAACACUGAGCAGAGACGAGCGAGCGGCAUGGAUCUCAGCAGUGAAAUGCUUGGCCGCGAACCCUCAUAACCCUGAUCUAAUUGCGACUGUGAAUUCCUCAAUCUCACAAAUUCCCGCCAUGAAUACCUCGGCCUCCUUCUGGGACGACAUCUCUUACAUGCAUAUGGAUUUGAAUGUCAAGAUACACCAAACAGGUAUGUUCUUGCCGUUCCACCGAUGGUUUGUCCAUUCGGUAGAGCAAGCGAUGAUUGACAAGUGUGGAUUCUCUGGUGGAUUCCCCUACUGGAAUUGGACCAUUGAUGCCCCCGACUUUUAUACGUCAUCCUGGUGGCAGGACUCAGACCCCGAGAGUGGAAUCGGUGGUUGGGGUGAUCCUGACAAGGAUUAUGAAGUUCAGGAUGGCGCGUUCGCCGGCUUCCCUCUUGCCUACCCCUCUUAUCAUCCACUUCGCCACCAGUACACUGCGCAACCUUUCGCAGCUUUCGCGGCUUCUAGUCCUACAAUUGCUCAGUUUUUCAACUCUACGAUGCUUGAGACUUAUGCCAACUCAACAUUCCACACCGAUCAGAUUGCUGCUAUUAUUGCAGGCAAUCCUGGCGAUUACGUCGGUUUCCAACAAAGCUUGGAUAAUUGGAUAGGCGCACAUGGCUCCGUGCAUGCAAUAACGGGCGGUGAUCUCGCAGGAACAUGUCCAGCGACCACAGAUGAUUGCAUUCCUGGUAACAAAUGGUCGCCCAACUCACCGCUCUUCUUCUUGCACCACGCGAUGAUUGACAAGAUUUGGUCCGACUGGCAAAAUUUGAACGGGACCAGCGCAACCGCCUUCUACGGUGGGUCAGUACAGGCAUUUGACAACACCACGUACUUCUCCGAAUAUCCUAAUGGUGCUCCUCCUAUGCUUAACACGUCCUCCCGAAUCUAUACGGAUAACAUGUUCCCUGGAGGAACUAUUGGAGAUGUAAUGAAUCACACUGCUGGUUACCUGUGCUAUGUUUACGAAUGAGACCGUGUACAGAGUGAUAACUUGUUGC